AUGGGCAACAGCCUCAGGUGCUGCUUGGCUUGCAUUCUUCCCUGCGGCGCGCUGGACGUCAUCCGAAUCGUCCAUCUCGAUGGCCAAGUCGAGGAGUACAGCAGCCGCCAGGUCUCCGCCGGAGAAAUUCUAGCAGCCAACCCGGACCACAUCUUAAGCAAGCCGUGCUCUCAAGGCGUCACCACCAAGAUCUUGAUCGUGUCGCCGGACUCGGACCUGAAGAGGGGCCAUAUCUAUUUCCUGAUUCCAGAAUCAGCGCUCCCAAGAAAAGAGAGGAAGAAGAGGCACCAGAAAAGUGGCAGCACUGCUGUCGUCCAGGAAUUGGGCCAUGACAGCUGCCUGAGGCAGGUCCUUUCGGAAAAGAAGGUUCGGCACCGCCGGCGGAGGAGCGGCCAGGUGGGCGUCUGGAGGCCGCGUCUUGAGAGCAUAUCAGAGGACUGA